GCGCAGAGCAAAGAACACCGCCCCGCCCGCCUCGUUCAACCCGCUGCCCGCUCUUCGACGUGCUCGUCGCGCUGCUAAUUAAGGCAUGCCGCGCUUCCUCGUGACUCCGUGGCGCGAUGGCGCCGAGCUGCUGCGCGUGCGCGACUGGCUGUACCACCGGCACGAUGGCCACGACGACCGCCGCCUGCAGGCGGUGAACAUGGUGACGGCGUGGAAGCGGCGCGCGACGCUGCCGCAUGCGAUUGACUCGACCGCGUCGCUGGUGGAUGCUGUUCGCCUGGAUGAGAUGGCCGGGACGUCGGCGCUGGCGGUCAGGAACGCGUAUUCUGCUGCUUUCAACAGAUUCGUAACAGGCUUCUGCGACACGGUCCAGCACUCCUUCCGCAAACUCUCCAUGUACGACAUGGCAGCCGCCCUCUCCAUGCCCAGCAGCUUCGUCGAACUCCGCCACGAAGCCACGCACGAAGAGCUGCCGUCGCUGCGGCGCCUCCGCCGCGCCACCCAGCACGCCCUCGCCUGGCUGUGGGAGCACUAUUGGCAGAAGCUGGACGCCGUUGUGCUGCCCCCGAAAGAGCAGCCGAAAGAGCAGCAGCGCAGUGCUGGCGAUGGCCUUGGUGCCGCUGACCAUGUCUGCGCGGCCCUGAAGGCGUAUCUCAGUGCUCGCCGCCAGGAGAUCAAGGCCGUGGGCGCCGCGGCAGCGAAAUCAGCCACCUCGACUGCGGCACUGCAGUUCGCGAGCGUGCUGUUAAGCCCUCAGCAGCAGCAGAAAAAGAAGAAGUCGAAGCGGCUGCCUGACGUGGAUGCACUUGCAACAGCACUGGCAGACGUGCUGGUGGGCGAGCGUCUGCUCGUGCCUUCUGACUAUGCCCCCAACGCCCCCCUCUCCGGCGCCCACCUCGUGUGGGACCCCCUGCUACAGCGCCUCCGCGCGCCGCUGCCCCCGCUCAUGCACGCACUAACGACGCGAAUGGCCGCCGCGCUCGCAGCGCCCUCACCCAUCGGCACAGUCCCGAAAGAAGACGGGACGAUGGCAGGGCUGCUAGGCUGGCUGCUCGACUUCCUUUCUCCACCCACCUCUUCAUCCCCUUCUUCCUCGUCCACUUCCUCUAACAACGACAACGAAGACGAAGACGAAGACGAAGACGAAGGUGAAGAAGAGGCGGAAGAGCAAUAUUUCCCCACCGCCUCCGCCCGCCGCAAUGCCAGAGACGCGGCUAUGCGCGUCGCCAUGCUCCAGCCCGGCCGCUUCUGGUGUCGUAGGCUUGCGCGUGCGCUGCUGAGGGCUGGGGAGGACGAGUUCCAGGAUGCGUGGUUGCCGGUUUUUGAGGCGGCGGCGGCGGCUGAGAAGGGGAAGGCGGUGGAGGGGGGAGCGGAGGAGGGGGUGGGGGAGGGGGUAGCUGAGGCGAAGGAGAGGGAGAGGGAGGUGGAGGGGAAGGAGGAGGAAGAGGAUGAGAUGGUGGUGGAGGAGGGGGAGGACGCGAUGGACAUCGACGCAGCCCCAACCGCAGCCUCAGCCACAGCAACAGCACCCUCCUCCCCACCCCCACCCGCAAGCACGCGCUUCCGCGCCCGCGCCGGCUGGGCAAAAUGGCAGGGCGACUGGCACGCCACGCCUAUUGGCGUCGUGCCGUCGUAGAGAAACUGCAUUAGGCACUAUUAUAGAAACGGAAGGGAAGGGAAGGAACGUAGCGCUAGGUAGGUUUAGGUAUACCGCAAACA